UAGUUGACUCUCAACUCUCAAUCUACAACUAUUACUAGAUCCUCUCCAUUUUUCUUUUCCCACAAAGGAUAAUCUGAAGCUCCCAUCUAAGGAACCCCUGCUGGUAUUAACCAGAAGAAGAGUGUAAUGGCAGUGGCAAUCAUUGUACUACUUGUGGCUUCACUGCUUAGUUCAUCCCGUGCUUGUCAUUUUCCAGCAAUUUACAACUUGGGCGAUUCAAACUCCGAUACAGGAAGUGUCUCCGCAACAUUUGGUCGGGUUCGUCCCCCUUUCGGAGAGACUUUCUUCCGUAAACCUGCUGGUCGGUAUUCCGAUGGGCGUCUAAUCAUCGAUUUUAUAGCUAAUGAGUUGAAAAUGCCAUUCUUGAGUGCCUACCUUGAUGCAAUAGAAUCGAACUUCAGUCACGGAGCGAAUUUUGCAGCGAGCGGAUCAACGAUUCAACCAGCCAAUGGCAAAUUAAUUGGUGCAGGUUUUAACCCCUUAUCUCUUGAUAUACAGCUCUUGCAGUUUCAACAACUUAAAGAUCGCACCAAUGAGCUUUACGAUCAAGCCAAGAAUCCGGAUGUUACAGAUAGGCUCCCGAGACCGAAUGAGUUUUCAAAGGCUCUUUACACGUUUGAUUGUGGACAGAACGAUCUGCAUUAUGGCCUUAAAACAACUACAGAGGAGCAGGUUAAGGCAUCCAUUCCCGAUAUAAUCAGCCAGUUCACGACAGCAAUUGAGAAGUUCUAUCACCAAGGAGCAAGAAUGUUUUGGAUACAUAAUACCGGUCCCAUUGGAUGCUUGCCUGUUUUUGUCCUAAAUUCCCCUCCAGAGCCCGGAAAUGCCGACCAAACUGGCUGCAUUAAGUCUUACAAUGAGUUGGCUAAAGAAUUCAACAAGCAGCUUAAAGACUGGAUUUCUCGACUUAGAGCCAAGCUCCAUGGUGCAAGGCUUACAAAUGUGGAUAUCUAUUCAGCUAAAUAUUCUCUAAUCAGUGAAGCACAUAAAUAUGGCUUUGUGGACCCUUUCAUUAACUGUUGCGGGCACUUUGGCGAUUAUCCCGUCGAAUGUGGGAAGUCGAGCGUGGUGAACGGUACUGAAAUCUUUGGAGCUUCUUGCAGUGAUCCAUCUAAACACAUUAGUUGGGAUGGCACUCAUUAUACUGAAGCUGCAAACCAUUGGAUAGCCAAUAGGAUUUUGGAUGGCUCAUUCUCGGAUCCCCCAGUCCCUAUAACCAAAGCUUGUCUCUAA